GGCAGACAGGGAGGCUUGGUCUUCAGAGGAACAGAUCCACUGUUGAUGCACAGGGGGUACCACACUAAGAAGAGCUUCCCAAUCUUGCUGCAGGAGAACAGAAAUCUGUUCUGAUUUUUAAGACUUGAGGACAGACUUAAUCUUUUUAAGGGUGCUUGCUUGUUUUCACCAUUUUUUCUGCAAGAACAGAGGAAAUUUCAACUUUGACCAGGAUGAAGUACUAUCAGUGCCCCAUGUCCCAGACCAUGGGAAUCAAGGCUUACACCGAGGACUGUAGUGUCCCAGUCAGCUGCAAGAGCUCUGCUUCUCUGAAGCCAAUCCGCAGCGUGCACUUCCCAAAUGACAUUGUUUUCCAGGACUAUGUACGACAGGGCGAGCUGGAGAGGAUUGCACUUUUCAUCCGAGCCAGAAGAGUCAAUCUGGACACCAUUUACCACUCUGGCAUGGCUGCCAUCCAUGAAGCUGUCCUGUCUGGGAACUUGGAGUGUGUGAAGCUGUUGGUCCAGUCCGGAGCAGAUAUCCACCAGAGGGACGAGGAGGGAUGGACCCCUCUGCACAUGGCCUGCAGUGACGGCUUCCCUCAUAUUGCACGCUACCUUCUCUCGCUGGGUGCCGACCCCGAACUGGAGAACGACUGCGGGGAGAAACCGGCUGACCUCAUUGACACAGACAACAAGGAGCUGCAGGAGCUCUUCGGGCUGGCUGUCAAUGACUGAGAACAUGUGGCUUUCUUUAACAGACACACAACUAUGAAGCCUACUGCCCAGACUGUUUUGCAGGGAAGGACAGAAACGGCCACAUCCAGUCCAGCAUCCAGAUUUUGUGAGUUGCCUCAGCUCUUGAGGUAAAGCGUCAUGGAUGUGUGGUGAAAGGAGAGCUGACGGAGCCUGUUGGCUUCCCCCCCGAUUGGAGUGAAAGUUUGCUGGUGGGGGCUGGCCUCUCAUCUCCAGCAGUAUAGAUUUAUCCUGCAAGAGCUACAGAUCUUUUUAUACUGCAGUGAACUGAAUGAAUUAUUUGAUUUGAAGGUGUUGAGUUUAUUUGGCAUGUCGCUGAGAUCAGAAGGGCUUCUGAAUGUUGUGAAACUUAAAACUACUCAGCUUAUUAGCACCUCUCUGACAGCUAAAAUUAGAAAAACCAUGUAUUGUGUUGCAAGGUUUUCUAUGAUAUGGCUUUGUGUUGAUGAAACAGUGUUGACUGCCAGUUGAUCAGAAGUUUUUGUAUUCCAUCAUAUAUCUAUAAUUAUUAGUUACCUGUACUCAUGACUUGUUUUGUACAUUACUAUUUUUAUACUUUUUGAAAUAAAGUUUAUCAAUAGACAAUA